CAUCAGUCAAAAUGAUUGACUAUAUCAAAAAUUUAAAAUUAGUUGAUAGCAGUAAAGUUUUAAUUAAAGAUCAAGAAGAGGUUAACAGGAAAAUAGGAAAGUUUAUCGAAGGAGGCUACACCAAGCUUCAAGUAAUAUCUGAUUACGAUAAAACUAUUACCAAACAACAUGUUAAUGGAAAAACCCAGUUUCAUGCCUUCGAUUUAUUUAAACGAUGUCCCUCCGUAACUCAAGAAAUAAGAGAUUUUCUAACUGAAAUAACUAAUAAAUACGCAGUAAUAGACAAAGAUCCUAAUCUUUCUCAUGCAGAAAGAAGUAGACACAUGGACGAAUGGUGGAAUAAAACCAUACAAGCGUACAGAGGAAUGAAAAUUUCCCAGGAGGAAAUUGAGAAAACCUGUUUAGAGUUUGGACCACCACUGAGGGACAACGUAAAAGAAUUUUUUGAAGUGCUAAAAGAAGGUAAGGUCCCAGUACUACUUUUAUCAGGAGGACUUGGUGACUGUCUGGAGCCUUCUUUACGGGCUUCGGGAAUUACUGGUUCAAAUAUAGAGUUAGUUGCAAAUUAUAUUAAAAGAGACAACGAGGGCAGGAUACAGGAUUAUAAAGCACCUCCUAUUCAUACAGUUAAUAAAAAUGAAUACAUAAAAAAUACGCAACAUUAUAAAAAACAUACCAAUAGACCGAACGUACUUCUUUUGGGAGACCAUCUAGGAGAUGCACAAAUGGUAAAUAGCUUGGAACAUGUUGGGACUGUACUGAAAAUUGGAUUUUCUUAUAAUGAAGCUGAAGUAGUGCUGCCCACCUGGUUAAAUACAUUUGAUAUAGUUCUCAAAGAUGAUCAGUCGAUGAAUGUCCCAAAAGCUAUAAUUAAAUUACUAAACAAAGAAUAAUUGACUCAUAAGAAUUUACUUUCUUUAAGCAAAGACGGUCGUUGUAUAAUGUGUAUAUUAAAAUUGUAUAUUUCGUUAA